AUGUCAACAUCUCAACCAACCUCCGAAUUAGUUGAAGAACAAAAAACUUGUGGUCAUAUGCCUCAGUUGGAUAUCAAAUUAAAUUUACAAUUAUUAAGAGAGCAAGAAAAGAUGGCUCUACAAUCUAUUAAGAACUUAACUGAAGAAGAAAUGAUUCAUAUUGAUCAAUGGUUAUCUGUAUUACAUAAAACAUACGAAGAUUGGGAAUAUCCAUCAUCGCAUCGUGUAUUUCAAGCCGUUACAUAUUUUAAUGAUGAACAAAAAUUAUGGUAUGAACAGAUAAAAUCUGAAAUUAAUAAUGAUUGGUCAUGCUUUUGCGAUCGCUUAAAACAACAUAUUCAAGAUCGUCAGAAGGUUCAAAUUCAUUCUUCACCAAUGAAUUAUCCAUUAUCUGAUACUAAUGAAAUAACAUCGAUGGAAAAUCUUAUUGACACAAAAUUUAUUAAAUAUUCUGGUAUAGGUGAUGCCAAGGUUUGGCUAUUACAAACAAUGAAUCAAUUUAAACAAUAUGGAUUACGUCGUCUUGAACAAUUUCAAUCUAUACCAUUUUUAUUAAUUGAUGAAGCGUAUUUGUGGUACGUAGAACAUAUUGAUUUAAUCACCAAUUUUGAAUCGUUUAGUAAAUUAUUUCUUCAACAAUAUUCAUUUACAUCACCACCAGCACCAAAUAAUAUUCUUACUGAUGUGGAUAUACCGUCAAAUUUAAUUUCUAGCUCUUCAUCUACAUCAAAUUUGCAACGAACAAUUGCCGAUGAAAUUAUUAAAAAACCAACAUAUUUUCGUGGUUCAAAAGAUGACGUUCAUGACUGGUUAGAAAAAUUAGAACAACGUUUUCAAAUGGCAAAAUGGAAUAAUGAACAAAAAUUACAAUAUAUUUCAAUCCAUUUACAAGAUGAUGCAUAUCGAUGGUGGACACAAACAUCUACGAC